AUAUCAAAUUAUGAAGAAUAAUUGAACUAGCAAGUAGAAAAUGCUUGAUUCAUUUAAUAUAAAUAAGUGGAGAUAAAACUUUGAGGGUAUGCUUCAGCCUUCAAAGAUAUAAAAGUUCAAAACUUCUCACAUUCAUUGAGUAUCCAAAAAUCUAACACAUAACUACCAUGGAAGAUUGCCCUUUUAUUUCAAAUUCUAAAUCCUCAAAUGGCACAAAUGGUAACCUUUUAUACAUUCCGAACCAAAUUCCAAUACCAAACUACGUUCGCAUAUUGGACACCACUCUUCGCGAUGGUGAACAAUCUCCUGGUGCUGCGAUGUCUUGUAAGCAGAAACUUGACAUUGCACGCCUAUUAUUAAGACUACAUGUGGACGUCAUUGAAGCAGGGUUCCCUUCUGCUUCUAAUGACGACUUCAUGGCGGUUAAAAUGAUAGCUCAAGAUGUUGGAAACGAUGUUGAUAAUGACGGAUAUGUUCCUGUAAUAGGCGGUAUGUGUAGGUGCAAUGAGAAGGACAUUGCUAUUACAUGGGAGGCUGUAAAGCAUGCAAAAAGACCAAGGAUUUGUACUUUUCUAGCUACUAGUCCCAUUCACAUGGAGUAUAAGCUAAGAAAGACGAAAGAUCAGGUGCUCCAGAUUGCUCGCGAUACAGUGAAGUUUGCACGGAGUUUAGGUUGUUGUGAUAUUCAGUUUGGUGCCGAAGAUGCUGUCAGAUCAGACAAGGAAUUCCUUUAUCAAAUUUUUGGAGAAGUUAUCAAAGCUGGUGCAACAACUGUGGUCAUACCUGACACUGUUGGCAUAGCAAUGCCAUUUGAAUUUGGAAAUCUAAUUGCUGAUAUUAAAAGGAAUACCCCUGGAAUUCAAAAUGUGAUUAUUGCAACUCAUUGUCAUAAUGACCUUGGACUUGCUACUGCUAACACCAUUGAGGGUGCACGUGCAGGUGCUAGACAAUUAGAAGUAACAAUUAAUGGGAUUGGUGAAAGGGCAGGUAAUGCAUCAUUAGAAGAGGUUGUAAUGGCCCUGACAUGCAGGGGUAAUGAUAUAUUAGGUGGUCUACAUACAGGAAUUAACACAAGACAAAUAAUAAGGACAAGCAAAAUGGUUGAAGAGUACUCUGGUAUGCAUUUACAGCCUCACAAGGCUCUUGUUGGUACUAAUGCUUUUCUUCAUGAAAGUGGCAUUCAUCAGGAUGGCAUGUUAAAACAUAAAAGCACAUAUGAAAUAAUAUCUCCUGAAGAUAUUGGUCUUGAAAGAUCCAUUGAGGCUGGUAUUGUACUUGGGAAGCUUAGUGGACGCCAAGCAUUGAGAAAGAGACUUGAAGAGCAUGGUUAUAUACUAAAGGAUGAUGAACUUGAGACUCUAUUCUGGAAAUUCAAAGCUUUGGCUGGGACAAAAAAGAGAGUAACCAAUGCAGACCUCAAGGUAUUGAUGUCAAAUGAAGCAUACCAAGCUGAACUUGUCUAUAAAGCUGCAUGAUUUAUAGGUUACUCGUCGUACUUUGAAUCCUUCAAGAUAGAAGACGAACCCAACUAGGUUGGCAACUAAGAACCAAACAACUUGAUCUGGAUUGUUGUAUAUGCAUUUGGUGUGCUAUGUCAUGUUUUAUAUGUAUUUGCAUUUAGUGUGCUAUAGAUCUGGAUUACACGUAGUUACUGCUCCUGACCAUCCGAUCUGCAAACAACGUCCGAUAUCGUUUAUAGUUAAUUUUAUUAGUGUGCAAUCUGAACUGUCUGAUUUCAAAUCAAUUAUCAAGAUAUAAAACUGUGUGGAACUGCGUGUUGUUUUUAAGACAGCAUGUUCGUCCCGUCAUGUGUUAUAUUGCA